CGCCUGGGCGGGGACGCGGCGGGCCUGGCGGGAGUUGGCGUUUGGCGGGAAGCGGCGUUGCUCCUCUCGCUCUCCCGGUCCCUCACCUCUGCUCGGCCGCUCUCCCGUAGGUAUGCCGUGCUCCGACGAGGUCGUCGCCGUCUCCCCCAGCAAGCGGGUCCGGCCUACCGAGGAUGGCGCCUCGCGACUCCGCUUCGUGCGGCUCUCGGAGCACGCCACGGCCCCCACCCGAGGGUCCGCGCGGGCCGCCGGCUACGACCUGUACAGUGCCUAUGACUAUACGGUGCCACCUAUGGAGAAAGCUAUUGUGAAAACCGACAUUCAGAUAGCUGUUCCUCCUGGAUGCUAUGGAAGAGUAGCUCCACGCUCUGGCUUGGCUGUAAAACACUUCAUUGAUGUAGGAGCUGGUGUUAUAGAUGAAGAUUAUAGAGGAAAUGUUGGUGUUGUAUUGUUUAAUUUUGGGAAAGAGAAGUUUGAAGUAAAACAGGGCGAUCGGAUUGCACAGCUUAUUUGUGAACGGAUUUUUUAUCCAGAAAUACAAGAAGUUCAAGUGCUGGAUGACACAGAACGGGGUUCGGGAGGGUUUGGUUCCACUGGGAAGAAUUAAAAGUUCGGGCAAGAAUAGAAAAUGAAAAAGUGAACAGCUUUUUCUUAAGCAUGAAGAGAGUUCGUUUAAAGUGUUUUGGUGUUAACAUUUUUAAAUGUAAUAGCCUAACUGGAUUUUGUUCUGGUGAAGGAAAGGAUACCUUUGUUAGGAUCAUAGAACAGCUUUGUGUUUUCUAUAAUUGACAGCUGCAUAUGAAUCUGUGUGAUGUAAUGCAAACUUUUUUUUUUAGUAUUUAAUGCUUUCAAAUUUAAACCAAGUGUAUGAUCCUAGAUUUCUUAAAUUGCAUUAUUUAAACCCCUUUGGCAACUUA